AUGUCCUUCGAGUCGGAGAUCGGCGCGCAGCCCCCGAUCGGGUUCUGGGACCCCCUCGGCCUCGUGACGGACGCGGACCAGGAGAGGUUCGACCGCCUCCGCUACGUGGAGAUCAAGCACGGCCGCAUUGCCAUGCUCGCGGUGGCGGGCCACCUCACCCAGCAGAACUACCGCCUCCCCGGCAUGCUGUCCUUCAAGGACAACGUCUCCUUCGAGGACGUGCCCAACGGGCUCGCGGCGUUCUCCAAGAUCCCGCCGCUGGGCACCCUGCAGAUCAUCCUCGCCAUCGGCGUUCACGAGCUCUUCGUCGUCAAGCAGGUGGAAGGCUCCUUCCCGGGAGACUGCACCACCGGCGGCAACAUCUUCCAGUCGGCGUGGGACAACAUGUCGGAGGAGACCCAGGCCUCCAAGCGCGCGAUCGAGCUCAACAACGGCCGCGCGGCGCAAAUGGGCAUCCUGGCCAUGAUGGUUCACGAGCAGCUCUCGAACCAGCCCUACAUCAUCAACGACCUCGCCGGCGCCGCGUACAAGUUCAACUAAGCCGUCCGUCUUUUCUCCACGAGUUGUCGUACGUAGAGCGCUACUAAGGCCGGCAGGUAUCUAGCUUCGGGUGCGGCGGUGGUGGUGACUGACCUUCUGAGUCCACCCGGGGUGCGGCCGAGGGGGGAGAUGGGGCCAGCCAGCUCGACCGUUCCAGCGGAAUGGGAUUAGAUAGAAACACCCCUCCCUGCAUCCGUCAUGUUUCUGUCUCCCCUUGUUUUUUUUUUUAAUGUUUUUGUGGGCCCUUGUUUUGUACCAGUCGAGUAGGGGAGGGGGGCAAGGGAAGCCUUUUGCAGGACGGCGUUUUUGAGAACGAGGCAUGCUGUUGCUGACGGCUUUUGAGCCCUCAUACCGUCGCCUAAUUUAGGUGUCCACACUAACGAGCUGGCUGUACAACUGAAGAAGCGGAGUUUUUCGAUUCUUCAGGUUUUGCUAGUACGCUCGGUCCAAUUUGAGCCCUGGUUCUGGCAGGGAAACCGCGUUCUCGCCAUUUUUGUGCGUUGCGCCUGCUGUUUGUUUUGUCACCAUCUGCGUUGGAAAUUUUUAACACGAGGCACGAUGUGCUGUGUCGCUGCCCCGUGCGUAGGUGUUGAUGCACACUCCCUUUGGUGCUCGUUUGGAGAGCGGCAUGUAUUUGUGGCUUGCUCUUGCUCUCACUCGCGUAGACGAUCACAUCCCCUUAUGCUCAGCUCCGCGGCAUUCGCGUGUGUGUUUCGCCUGGAGAGGGAGGCGCUCUUCUUUUCUGGCCUAUCGUGUGUAUCACCACACGGGAAGAAAAGGAAACUACGAUGUUUUAAUUUGACAAACUCAUGGCGCGGCUCUACAUCCGCUGUCGAGUGUUGACCCCUUG